AUGACGCGCGGUGUGCUUCGGCUGUGCUGCCAGCAGGGAGAUGCACUGCUGCAAAUGACGAAACCGCUGCAUCCGCUGCGAUUGUUUUCAGGUAGUGUGAAGCUACUGCAGAAAGAUGGCAAACCGGCAACGGCGGUUAAGGGCAUUCCGUACAAGAAUCUGGUAAUUGGUGUACCGAAGGAAAGGUGGACCAACGAAAAGCGAGUAUCCGUUACUCCAGUUGUCGCUGGGACGCUCGUCAAGAAAGGUUUCAAGGUGCAGGUCGAAAGCGGUGCCGGAGUUAAUGCAAAAUUCCGCGAUGCAGACUACGAAUCCGCCGGCGCUAGCAUCGUCGACAGUCGACGAGCAUUUGAAACUGAUAUUGUGCUGAAGGUACGACAACCGAUUGAGCCUGAAAUUCCUCAGCUAAGAGAUGCAUCAACGUUGGUGUCCUUCCUGUACCCAACCCAAAACAAGGAACUGAUCGAUAAGUUGGCACAAAGAAAGAUUAAUGCUUUUGCCAUGGACGCCAUCCCGCGUAUUUCCCGCGCCCAGGUAUUCGACGCCCUUUCGUCGAUGGCCAACAUUUCCGGCUAUCGUGCGGUCAUUGAAGCGGCCAAUCAUUUUCCUCGAUUCUUUACCGGUCAGAUAACGGCGGCCGGUAAGGUACCGCCGGCGAAGAUUUUGGUUAUUGGCGGUGGUGUGGCGGGAUUGGCCGCAAUUGGGCAGGCUCGUGGUAUGGGUGCGAUCGUGCGUGCGUUUGAUACGCGUCCGGUCGUGAAGGAACAGGUGGAAAGUAUGGGAGCAGAAUUCUUGACGAUCAACAUCAGUGAAGAUGGUUCGACGGCAGGUGGAUACAGCAAGGAGAUGAGCAAGGAGUUUAUCGAGGCGGAAAUGGCGCUGUUUUCGAAGCAGUGCAAGGAGGUGGAUGUGAUCAUAACCACUGCACUCAUCCCCGGCAAGAAGGCACCAUUGCUUAUCACUGAGGAAAUGGUAAAAUCUAUGAAGCCAGGUAGUGUGAUCGUGGACCUUGCGGCAGAAGCUGGUGGAAACGUACAGACAACCGUUCCGGGUGAGAUUAAGGUGGUGCAUGACGUGGUACACGUUGGACUCACUGACUUCCCCAGUCGAUUGCCGACCCAGAGCUCGACACUGUACGCGAACAACAUCUCCAAGUUCUUGCUUUCGAUGGGCGAGAAGGAUCACUUCCACAUCAAUCUCGAGGACGAAGUCGUACGUGGUAGUAUCGUGCUACAGGGAGGCAAUCUGAUGUGGCCACCACCCGUAAUCGCUGUCUCGGCAAAACCACCGCCAUCGGUUGCCGCCGCUCCAGCUGCAGGUGCUGCGAUUAAGGCAGAAGCCCCACCAGCCGAUCCCUUCAAGGAGACGCUCCGAAGCAGUUUAAUGUACUCAGGUGGGCUUGGAACGCUGCUUGGUCUCGGCGCGAUCGCACCGAAUGCCGCAUUCACCACCAUGAUGACGACGUUUGCGAUGUCCGGCAUCGUGGGUUACCACACUGUGUGGGGUGUUACACCGGCCCUGCACUCACCCCUCAUGUCCGUCACGAAUGCCAUCUCGGGUAUUACGGCCGUCGGUGGGUUGCUCCUGAUGGGCGGUGGUGUGAUGCCCUCGAACACGAUCGAAACGCUGGCUGCUAGUGCGGCACUCAUCUCGUUCAUCAACAUCUUCGGUGGGUUCCUGGUGACACAGCGUAUGUUGGACAUGUUCAAGCGGCCAACGGAUCCUCCAGAGCACAACUACUUGUACGGUAUUCCGGCAGCCUUGUUCCUCGGCGGUUACGGUGUUGGUGCGCUACAGAGUUUGCCCGAAAUCCAUCAGAUGGCAUAUCUUGCGUCGAGUCUUUGCUGUAUCGGUGCGCUCGUCGGACUGUCCUCGCAGAAGACAUCCCGUCUGGGAAAUGCACUGGGCAUGAUGGGUGUUACUGGAGGCAUCGCGGCCACCCUGGGACAUAUGGCCCCGAGCACGGAGGUGUUGAUGCAGAUGGGCGGUGUGGCUGGAUUGGGUGGACUGAUCGGUUCCAUCAUUGCCAAACGCAUCCAGAUCACGGACCUUCCACAGCUGGUGGCCGCCUUCCACAGUCUGGUCGGUGCCGCAGCUGUACUUACCUGUGUGGCUACGUACAUGCACGAUUUCCCCACGCUAGCGACAGACCCGGCGGCCAACGUGCUCAAGACGGCACUAUUCCUGGGUACUUAUAUUGGUGGUGUCACGUUUAGCGGGUCGCUCGUUGCCUAUGGUAAGCUGCAGGGCGUCCUAAACUCGGCACCACUGCUGCUGCCCGGCCGACACCUGAUCAACGGAGGACUGUUGGCGGGUAAUCUGGCCGCUAUGGGUGCAUUCUAUCUCGAACCAUCGAUGGCUGGUGGAUUGGGACUGCUGGGAGCUACUGCGGCCAUGUCCACGGCGAUGGGAGUCACCUUGACUGCGGCAAUCGGUGGUGCAGACAUGCCUGUAGUGAUCACGGUACUGAACUCCUAUUCCGGCUGGGCUCUAUGCGCCGAAGGUUUCAUGCUCAACAACAACCUUAUGACGAUUGUGGGAGCUCUCAUUGGAUCUUCCGGUGCUAUCCUUUCCUACAUCAUGUGCAAAGCAAUGAACCGUUCACUACCGAACGUUAUCCUCGGUGGAUACGGCACUACCUCGACUGGCGGUGGCAAACCGGCGGAAAUCGUCGGCACCCAUACGGAGGUCAACGUGGACGGGGUGGUCGAUAUGAUCAAGAAUUCCAAAAACAUCAUCAUUACACCGGGAUACGGCUUGUGUGUGGCCAAGGCGCAGUAUCCGAUCGCUGAGAUGGUGAAUUUGCUUAAGGCCCGUGGCAAGAAGGUGCGCUUCGGUAUUCAUCCAGUUGCGGGACGCAUGCCGGGACAGCUGAACGUGUUGCUGGCUGAAGCCGGUGUACCAUACGACGAUGUACUCGAAAUGGAGGAGAUCAACGACGACUUUGACGAGACUGACUUGGUGCUGGUGAUUGGUGCGAACGACACGGUAAACAGCGCGGCCGAAGACGACCCUAACUCGAUCAUUGCCGGUAUGCCGGUGUUGCGCGUAUGGAAGGCCGAUCAGGUUGUUGUAAUGAAACGCUCGCUCGGUGUCGGGUACGCCGCUGUAGACAAUCCCAUCUUCUACAAACCAAACACGUCGAUGUUGCUCGGUGACGCAAAGAAGACGUGUGACGCACUGCUUGGAAAGAUUAAGGAAGAGAACUGA